AUGCGCACCAUAGUUGAGGACGAAACGGGCGAUCAGACACAUCCAUCGACGCCAGAAGUACCAAGGGAGGAAGAGGAAGGACCCUCGGUGCCAACCCAUAUGUCGCCCCCUCCACAGCAACAACAGCAGCAACAGUCCCACGGACUCCAGACGCAACCGCAGCUCCGCGUCGGCUGCGUUCGCGACCGCGCCGAGCAGCUUGUUCGUGUGUUUCCGGCCGUCCCCGCAGGGCGACCCCCUGCGCGCCGGCGCGAGCGGCGGGCACAAGUUUUUUGGCACUUGCCUCAGACAGCGUCGGCAAGAAAUAAGUUUAUGCCGCGGCGCUGUGGAAGGGGCCCGCGGCCGCCGGAGGCUGGGGACCGCCAGGUAACGGCGCCCUCUGGGUCGCCGCUGCUGCCCCCAGCUGUCGCAUCACUACUGUGGCGCGUGGAACAAGAGCGCACAAGAAGCGCGCCGCCCCCGGCCCCAGCAGAACGGCUGGCGCGUUUCUUGCUCGCCCGCAUCGCUAACAAAGGGCCGCCCCCCGCCCCCGCCGCCACCCCCGCGGCACAGUGGCGCAACGCGGCUCCGCCCGCAUUUGCAUUCUGA